AAAAAAAAGAAUAAAAAUGAAUCGUAGGCAUAUAAUUUAAUGAAAAUAAAAUAUUUAUCUUUAAUUUAGAAGAUUCAAAUGGUAAUGAUGAUAAUGGUGUUUUAAAUCAUGAUGAAUCAAAUAAUCAUCAUUUAAAUGAUAAUGAUCCAAAUGAUAAUGAUGAUGUUUUAAAUACUCAUAAUGAAUCAAAUCAUGUGGAUUUAACUGAUAAACAAGUUGAAGAGUGUAUUACAUCCAUAAAUAAUACACUUGAAGCUUGUACUACAUUAGUCGAUUCCAUAAGAUUAUUUAAUAAUUUAGAUAAUGAUCGAAAGAGUCUAAUGAUUAAUCAUAUGUCAAUAAAGGAAUUUGAACCUGAUCAAAUAAUAAUUGAAAAAGGUCAAAUAGGUACAAAUUUCUACAUUAUUAUGGAAGGUACAGCUGCUAUUUAUGAAGAAGGUGAAGAUAAACCAAUACCAUCAAUGUUAGGAAAAUUACAAUAUUUUGGUGCUUUAUCACUUCUGUUGAACAAAGCACAUGAACGGUCAGUACGUGCUACAUCAGAAUUAAAAUGUGGGGUGUAA